GACGCCCGGCUCCGGCUGCCCCGGCCCUGCCUUGCCUCGUGGCAGGAAGCAGGGAGCAGGGAGGCCAGGACGCCCGCGCGGGCCCCGCGCCGCCGCACCAUGAGGGGUCUCUGGGCCCUCGCUCUCGCCGGGCUGGUCAGCGCCUGCGAGGGGAAGGAGCUGCCCUCGGCCGCGGGAGGGGAGCUGUGUCCGCAGCUGCGGGAGGAAAAUCUGCUCGGGGACAAGUAUGAAAACGUGACGGGCUUCAACCUCGUGAAAAGGUUCAACCUGCUGAAGAUCUCCUCCAUCAAGAAAAUCCGCAACCCGAAGGGGCCGCUGAUCCUGCGGCUGGGCGCCGUGCCGCUGGUGCAGCCCACGCGGCAGGUGUUCCCCCGCGGGCUGCCCCCCGAGUUCACGCUCGUCCUCACCUUGCUGCUGAAGAAGAACAGCACCGGGGAGGACUGGUACCUCUUCCAGGCCACCGACCGCCGGGGCUACCCGCAGCUCUCGCUGGCCCUGCACGGCCCCGAGAAGAGCCUCGAGUUCCAGGCCCGCGCGCCGGGGGAGGACGCGUUCGUCAGCACCGUCUUCGCCGGCAAGGGGGUCUCGUCCCUCUUCGACGGCCGGUGGCACAAGGUGGCCCUGGGCGUGCAGAGCCACGCCGUGUCCAUCCACGUCGACUGCGGCUACAUCUCCUCCAAGCCGCUGGCGCCCCGGCGGGCGCUGCUGCCCGAGGGCAAUGCCUUCCUCGGCCUGGACGCCGUGCGCGGCAGCCCCGUGCGGUUCGACCUGCAGCAGGCGCAGCUGUACUGCGACGCCGAGCUGGCGAGGCAGGAGGGAUGCUGCGAGAUCUCGGCCAGCGGGUGCUUCGCCGAAGCGCCCAAGACGCGGCGGCAAGCGGAGCUGAUGCAGAGCAGCAACCUGAUCGAGAUCUCGCCGCGGUCCGAGGGCAGGGUGUACACCCGCUGCUUCUGCCUCGAGGAGCCGUGGGGCAGCGCGGAGCCGGCAGGGGCUCUGAGGAUGACUGGCCUGAAGGGUGACCACGGGGAGAAGUGCCCGCCCUGCUCGCCGCAGAUGGAUGCAGCAAACGUGACGCUCGGCCCCCCCGGCCCGAAGGGCGGGAAGGGCGAGCGAGGCCUGCCCGGCACCCACGGCGCCAAGGGGGAGAAAGGCGACCGCGGCGCCGACUGCGUGCGGACGGUCCCCGGCGGCCCCGUGCAGGUGAGGACCCCGCUCUCGGCGCGCCCCGGCCCCCUCCCCUCCCCACCGCCCUCCCCUGAUCCCCUGCUCUGCGUCCCCAGUGCGCCGAGGGGCCCGCCGGGCGAGAAGGGGCAGCGCGGAGACACGGGGCUCCCGGGAGCGACCGGUGCCGACGGGCAGAAGGGCCAGAAGGGCGAGAAGGGCGCCGGGGGGCUCCAGGGCAAGCCGGGCCGUCCAGGCCGCGACGGCCGUCCCGGCGAGAUUUGCGUGGUGGGACCCAAGGGCCAGAAGGGCGACCCAGGCCUGGUGGGACCCGAGGGGCUGGCUGGCGAGCCAGGACCCCCGGGGAAGCCGGGGUCUCCGGGGAUCGGCUUUCCGGGGAAGCCGGGCGACCCUGGCGGCCCCCCGGGCCCGAGGGGGGACAAGGGUAGCGCCGGAGCUCCCGGACCCGGAGGAUCCCCUGGGAAGCCCGGGCCCCCCGGCGUCGCGGGGCCGAAAGGAGACAAGGGCGAGCCGUGCGAGCUGUGCCCCACUGUCCCCGCCGAGGCGCUCGGCGCCGCCGGGCUCCCCGGCAAGCCGGGACCCAGGGGAGAGCCCGGAGCGCCGGGCAGGGACGGCGUAUCGGACAGACCCGGCCCCACCGGACCCAAAGGGGACAGGGGAGACCGCGGCAUCGACGGGAUAAAAGGGCAGAAGGGCGACGCGUGCGUGCCGUGCGACGGCGGCGUGCUGGCCGCGCUGCUGCGGAGCCCCGCGGCGGGGCACGACGCCGAGCCGGCGCCGGGCGCAGCGGGGCUCUCCGAGCUGGCCGGCAUCAAGGGCGAGAAGGGCGACAGCGGCCAGGAGGGACCCGCGGGCAGACGGGGGCUGCCGGGAGACAAGGGAGAUCCGGGCGUCCGGGGGCUCAAAGGAGAGAAGGGCGAGCCGUGCGGGCAGUGCCCUCCCGCUCCGCAGGCCCUCGAAGGGGCCGCGACGCUCGUGGCCGUGCCCGGACCGCCGGGGCAGCCGGGCGACGCUGGCCCCCCGGGCAGAGCGGGCAAACCCGGCGACGCCGGCCCCAAAGGGCAGAAGGGGGACGCGGGAAGCCCCGGGGACCCGGGCACCCCGGGCACAGCCGGUCUCCCAGGGCUGUCGGGUGAGCCCGGCGUCAGGGGUCCGGCGGGGCCCAAAGGCGAGAAGGGAGACGCCUGCGAAUCCUGCCCCGUCCUCCAAGGGGACUUCUCGGACGCGGUCGGCAUCCCCGGAAAACCCGGCGCCAAAGGGGACCAGGGCCCCCCGGGCAUCGGCCAGCCGGGCAGACCCGGGAAGCCGGGGCUGCCCGGGAUUCAAGGCCCCGCCGGGCUGAAGGGGCUGCAGGGCGAGCCCGGCCCGCGGGGGAUCGGCCAGCCGGGCCCGCAGGGAGAGCCUGGAAGGCCCGGACCGCCUGGGACACCUGGACCCCCCGGACCCCAGGGACCCCCAGGGACCGCGGCGGAGAAAGGCGCCAAGGGAUCGCCGGGGCCCAAAGGUGCCGCGGGCCCCCCGGGGCCUCCGGGGACCAGCGUCGUGGGGCCACCGGGCCGCGAAGGGCAGCGGGGGCUCCCCGGGCUGCCUGGCUCCAGCGGGCUGCCGGGGGAGAAGGGCGCGCGCGGCGAGAAGGGAGACGCCGGCGAAUGCACGUGCCAGCCGGGCCCGCGGCAGGACGCCAGCUACGUCGGGAUGCCGGGAGCCCCAGGACUUGGGACCGGGACGUCCUGGCAGCCUCAGCCUGGCCCUCAGGUGUGUGCUUUCCCCGCGAGCGCUGCAGCCGCCUGCCCCGCGCUGCGCCCCGGGCCCCCCGGAGCCCCAGGACCCCCCGGCCCCCCCGGCGCCCCGGGACGCCAGGGGGUCCCGGGACACAACGGUUUGCCGGGACUGCCGGGGCCAGCUGGAGACCUGGGGCCGCUGGCCGUCGUGGCCGAGAGGAACAUGGAAGUGCUGAAGAGCCUCUGCGGGGACUGCGCCCAGCUGCAGGCCGCCCUCGAGGCGCCCGGCGGGGAGAAGGGCGGCCAGGGCAUGCCGGGCGCCCCCGGCAGCGAGAGCUGCGCCCGCUGCUUCGCCCAGUUCCCGCGGGCCGAGGAGGCUCGGGGCGACAGCCCCGACACGGACUGCGUGGGCGAGCCCGGGCAUCCGGGCAGCCCGGGCAUCCCCGGCGAGAGAGGGGAGCAGGGCUUGCCAGGACUGCGGGGACCCCCGGGGCCGCCUGGGCCCGUCGGCCCCCCAGGCUUUCCCGGAACGCCGGGCGCACCCGGACUGCCCGGUCUCCAGGGCGAACGCGGCCCCGCCGGGCUUGCCGGAGCCAAAGGGGAGCCGGGACCUCCGGGGCAGCCUGGAUAUCCCGGUGCCACGGGCCCCCCCGGCCUUCCCGGCAUCAAGGGUGAGCGAGGCUACGUGGGCCCCCCUGGGGAGAAGGGGGAGCCGGGCCCCCCCGGCCUGGACGGCGUCCCCGGGCCCACGGGGCCAGCGGGGCCGAGGGGCGAGCGCGGGCUCCCGGGCGGCGCCGGCGAGAAGGGCGACCAGGGUUUCCAGGGACAGCCGGGCUUCCCGGGGCCGCCGGGACCUCCCGGCUUCCCGGGAAAGGUCGGCCCGGCAGGGCCCCCGGGGCCCGCGGCCGAGAAGGGCAGCGAGGGCAUGCGCGGCCCCACGGGGAUGCCAGGGCCCCCCGGCCCCCCCGGCCCCCCCGGCAUCCAGGGCCCCGCCGGCGUGGAAGGGCUGGACGGCAAGGACGGCAAACCGGGAGCGCGGGGCGAUCCCGGCCCCCCCGGGCCACCGGGGAUGAUGGGGCUGCCGGGCUUCAAGGGGAAGACGGGUCACCCGGGGCUCCCGGGACCGAAGGGUGACUGCGGCAAACCUGGCCCCCCGGGGAGCACGGGCCGGCCCGGAGCAGAGGGCGACCCCGGACCCAUGGGACCCCAAGGCCGGCAGGGACCUCCGGGUCUUAUCGGACCCCCGGGCAGCCCGGGCCAGCCCGGCCCCGCCGGACUCGCCGGAGUGGGACUGAAGGGCGAGCGGGGAUCCACGGGGGACCGAGGCCUGCCGGGGAUGCCGGGACAGCCGGGGCCGCCGGGACACCCUGGACCGCCGGGGGAGCCAGGACCCGAUGGACCGGUCGGCAAAGAGGGCCCCCCGGGAAAGCCCGGCACCGCGGGACCGGCCGGCCAGAAGGGUGAAGCUGGAUCGCCCGGCGAGAGGGGCUACCCGGGGGAGAAGGGCCGAGCCGGCGCGCCGGGGGGGCCCGGCAAGAGCGGCUCCAUGGGCCUGGUGGGGCCGCGGGGUCCCGCCGGAGAGAGGGGCCCCCCCGGGGCGCCGGGCCCGGCGGGCAGCCCGGGGCUGCCGGGCCCCCCGGGGAUGAUGGGCGACGCCGUGAGCUACGACGAGAUCAAGCGGUUCGUGCAGCAGGAGCUGAGCAAGAUGUUCGACGAGCGCAUGGCCUACUACACCACGAGGAUGCACUUCCCGCUGGAGACGGCGGCGUCGCCGGGCCGGCCCGGCCCGCCGGGCAAGGACGGGCUGCCGGGCCGCCCGGGCCCGCCCGGCUCCCCGGGGCUGCCGGGGCAGAUCGGCAGAGAGGGGCGGCAAGGCGUGCCGGGCGCGCGAGGCGAGCCGGGCGCCAAGGGCGAGAAGGGGGAGAAAGGCGUGGGCCUCGUGGGGGACAGCGGCCCGCCGGGGCCCCCAGGUCCGCAGGGCCCGCCGGGCUACGGGAAGAUGGGCCCGCCGGGGCCCGUGGGGCAGCAGGGCGUCCCCGGCGUGCCCGGCCCGCCGGGCGCCACGGGGCAGCCGGGCAAGACGGGGCAGUGCAGCCCGGCCGAGUGCCACGGCGCCCUGCCGCUGGAGCAGCCGCUCUUCCCGCCCCAGAGCGUCAAGGGGCCCUUCGGCUGAGCGCGCCCCGACGGCCCCCUCCCGCCUGCGCCGCGCGGCCCGUCCCAGUAAAGGCGCCUCUGGGCCCAGC